CGGACAGUGACGCGCUGCAGAUCCGAUAAUGGGAGACGCUCAGUCUGCGCAACGGGAGGACAAGAAGGAUGCUGAGGAGGAGAGCGGAAAAGUGGAUGAUGCUCAGCAGAAUAUUGAAGACAAGCCUCUCACAAACAAUGGGCUGAUCUCUGAGAUCAAUGGGAAAGCAGACGGCUCUAUAGCAGAAGUUAAUGGUCACUGUGAGGAUGAGAUGGCUGCAGAGGCUAUCCUUUCACCAGACAAAGAUGUUUCAGAAACAGAGAAGCCACUUAAAGAAGAAGAGACACCAUUAAAACAUGUUGAAAUUAAUGAAAAAGAAUCACCCAAUGAAGCUGAUGCGAAUGAAGAUGUACCCCUGGAAAUGAUCGAAAUGGAUGCAAAGCAAAAUGACAUCAAUGAAAGUUUUAGGAGAUUUUUCGGUAACAUUGGAUUGAAAUUGACAGUAAAGAGGGGCACAGGUGAUAUAGCAACAGAUGCAUCAAAGAGCAACAAGGAAGAGCCAAGCAUACCAGAAGACGUCGAAGAUACCGCAAAGGAAACAACUAGUGAAAAUGCUGAACAUAAUACAGAUGUUAAUAUGGCACAGGAGACAUAUGACAAUGAUUCAACAACAUGUCCUACUCUGACAGACGCUACUUCAGAGGAUGUUCUUGACAAUGCAGAGGAGAAAACAACAGAAACCAAAGAGAAAGUUGAAUCUGAUAAUGCAGAUGCAGCAACAACGACACCUGAAGGAGAAAACGCACACCAGGAUACCACACCCGAAAAAAUGCCACAUUCCACAUCCCUGUAUGGUCCUGAGGAAGAAGUGACUGAAUCUCCAAUUAAAAGAUUUUUUACAACAGGAAUCUUUUCUGGACUAAAGAAGAAAAAGAAGCCUGCAGAAGUUGAGACAACUGACAAGGAACUUAAAGAAAUAGUGAAAAAGGAGGUAAUGGAGACAGCAGAAGAGGCAGUACAAGAUCAGGAUAAAGAAGAGAUUAGUCUAGGUGUUGAGGCAGCUGCAGUUGAGACAGAACAUGAAAUUAAAGGAGAGAUCCCGGUUGCGGCAUCAGCUCAGAAGACAGAUGCAUCCACCAUAGAUCCGUCAACCAUUAUUGCCUCUGAGCCUGAAAUUCUGAAUUCCCAAGAGAAGGACAAAGUUCAAGCAAGCCCUCUAAAAAGGUUGCUGUCAGGGUCUAGUUUCAAGAAAAUAUCGAAAAAGCCAAGAGGCAGGAAAUCAAGUGAUGCAAGGCUCUCCGACUCUGGAGAACAUGUUUCAGAUCAGCUCCUAUCAUCUAAUGAGUCAGCUGAACAUCAGAAAGAAGAAGGUCCUACACAACCCUCUGCAGAAGCAGCUGGAGAGGAGGAUAGUGCAUGGGUGUCCUUCAAAAAACUUCUGACUCCGAAAAAACGCAUGAAGAGACCGUCCUUGGGUAAUGAGGAGAUGCAAAUCCCCAGUUCAGUCGAAGAACCAAAACCAAGUGAAGAAGGGCAAAUAUCAGAUCACAGCACAGAAGAAGGCAAAAAACGUAAAGACUCAACUGUUUCAUGGGAAGCCGUUUUGUGUGGAUCCGGAAGGAGAAGAAGUCGGAAAACGUCGGACUCUGAGGAUGAAACACCUCUGAUUGAUAAUGAUAUCAACAAGCAAGAUGGUGGAUCUAAAAAUGGUGCAGAAUCGGCCCUAGAAAGUUCUUGUGAGGCUGAUGAAAUUAUAGCCUAUUCUCCCAAACGAGCAGGAAGUCCUUCAGAAGGGGAUGGAGGGUCAACCUGGAAAUCAUUGAAAAGACUUGUCACCCCAAAAAGGAAAGCCAGGGAUGAAGAUGAAAGCAAAGACAAUGUACACUCUGACAAUGAAAUUACCCAAGAUGAGUCUUCCUUUUCAAUAAAGAAACUCUUACCAGGAAGAAAAAAGAGAAAGCCUGCCGAAAAGCAAGACCAAGUAUCUUCAGAUGAGGCUGAUAAGGACGUAGCUUCAGGUGAUGAAGACUCUGAGACACCAGCCGUGGUUCCAUUGUCUGAGUUUGAUACAGUUGAGACAGAGGUUCACAUCCAAACACAGGCAGACAUGGAAAGUCAUAUACCUAAGGAGGCAGAUCAUGAACUCCAUCAAGACCUUCUUGAAAAGGUGGCUGAGCCAGUCAUACCUGGUGACAGUUUGCAAACUGAAGAAAAGAAAGCCCAAGCCAAUGAAGAUGCUUUAGAAAAUAAGACAUCUACAACCCCUGCUGCAAAUGAAGAACCUGAUGAUUCUACAGAAUCAAGCAGUAAACCACAACUCAGUGACAUCCCAGAAGAGGCCACUCCAGCUUCAUUCACUGAGGAUGCAGCUAGAGAUGACACCAUAGCAGAGGAUCUGAUAGAGAUCACAUCUGAGGCCAUUACUGCACCAGAGCCUUUAGACACCACUCUGGCAGAUGAAACUGAAAUGAUUUCCGCAGUUUCCCAGUUAUCUUCAGAGUCUUCAAAAACAUCCGGCAACACUACACCAGUACCAGCAGAAUAUGAUGUCCAGGAAACAGAUGCACUUCUGCACAAGGUUGUUGAAACCGUCUCCAAAAGCCCAAAGGCAGUUCAGGUUUGUUCAGAUGAGUUACAAUCAGAUAGAAUGACUGCCUCUGACUUGCCUCAAAUACUGGAAACAUUUGUAAAGGAAGAGCAAACAACUCUAGAUACAAUUGACAUUAACACAGGUCCAAAUGUUGGAGAACUGGAUGCAAAUAAUGAACUUGCAUCUACCACACAAACAGAGAGCAUAUCUGAGGUCAAUGACUCGGUUUCCACAGAGAUUAUAUCUGAAGUUCCUACUGAGGAGUUUGACACUGCUGAAAUUGCUGCAGAUGAAGUACAUGAGCUUGAUGUUACACAUCCAGAGGAAAGUGUCAAAGAAUUGGAUAGUAUUGAUGAGAGCCUAAAUCUGGUGGAAUCUGAGUUAAAUGUGUCUGUGUGUACAGAUAUAUUACCUGAAGGUGACAAAAUUGUCCCAGCUGAAGGUUCUUCAAUUGAGGCACAUCAAACUGAGACACAGCCCCCAAAAUUGGACUCUCAAAAAGCAGAUUCAGCUGCAACAGCAGUGGAUGAAACUAAGGAUGGACCGAUGGAGCAAGAAGUCAAAUCUCUGACAGAAAAGGAAGGUCAGAUCAUGGAAAAUAUCACUGAACAAACUCAACAUCAGGAAAAAGAUCAGCCACCAACAGAGGUGGCCGUACAUGCCACAUUAGAUUCAGAGGAGGCUAGUGUUGAAAAGGACGCAAUAUCAGAGGACAUUCCAGCAGCCAAAACAGAUACAUGUGAACCCAAAGAGGAAACAGCACCACCAAGUGAAGUAAUUAUUAAGCCAGAGAAGGAAGAUGAACUAGAAACAGAUGCUGCCAAACCUGUACAUGUUCAAGUACCAGAAGCAUCUGAAGCUGUACAAGCCUCCACAUUGGAUUCAGAGAAGGGCGCUGUUCAAUCACCAAAAGAGGUAAAAUCAGAGGACUUUCCACCCGCAGACACAGAUGAACCCGAACAGACAGCAGAGUGUCUCACCGAAUUCAGCGUUGAGCCGGAAAACAAAGAAUCACCAGUGAAUGUUCAAGAAGACACUCCAGAAGCAGAAACAAUUACAGUUGAACCCAAAGCAGAGACAAAACCUCUAACUGAGGACAGCCUUGAGCCGGUGGAUACUGCCAAAACUGAAAAUGUUCAAGACUCAGAAGUAUCAGCGGCUGUUCAUGCACCCACAAUAGAUUCUGUGGAGGGUAGUGUUCAAUCACUUGAAAAAGAGGCAAUAUCAGAAGACACUCCAGAAGCAAAAACAGUUACAGAUGAACCUGAACAGACAGCAGAGUGUCUCACCAAAGUCAGUGUUGAGCCAGAAAACAAAGAAUUACCAGUGAAUGUUCAAGAAGACACUCCAGAAGCAGAAACAAUUACAGUUGAACCCAAAGCGGAGACAAAACCUCUAACUGAGGACAGCCUUGAGCCGGUGGAUACUGCCAAAACUGAAAAUGUUCAAGACUCAGAGGUAUCAGCGGCUGUUCAUGCACCCACAAUAGAUUCUGUGGAGGGUAGUGUUCAAUCACUUGAAAAAGAGGCAAUAUCAGAAGACACUCCAGAAGCAAAAACAGUUACAGAUGAACCUGAACAGACAGCAGAGUGUCUCACCAAAGCCAGUGUUGAGCCAGAAAACAAAGAAUUACCAGUGAAUGUUCAAGAAGACACUCCAAAAGCAGAAACAAUUACAGAUGAACCCAAAGAGGAGACAAAACCUCUAACUGAGGACAACCUUGAGCCGGUGGGUACUGCCAAAACUGAACAUGUUCAAGAGCCAGAAGUAUUACAAACUGUACAAGCUGCCACAUUAGAUUUGGAGGCAGGCAGCCUUCUAUCACUUGGCAAGACAGUACUAUCAGAGGACAUUCCAGCAGUCAAAACAGUUAUAGAGGAGCCCAAACAGGAACCCGAUGUUAAGGCAGAAGAACAACAAGCAGAAGCUUCUGAAACUGAACAUGUUCAGGAACCAGAAGUAUUAGAAGCUGUUCAAGCACCAACAUCAGAUUUAGAGGUGGGCAGUCUUCAAUCACUUGAAAAAGAGGUUAUUUCAGAUGGUGUCCCAGUGGCAGAAACUGUAGCAGAUGAAGCUGGAAAAGAGAUAAUACCUCCAACUGAAGUCAAUUUGGAGCCAGUGGAUACUUCCAAGGAUAUUCUAGCAGCAGAAACUGUUACAGAACAGCCCAAGCAGGAAACUGAUGUUGAGCCAGAAGAACAACAACCAGAAGAAGCUUCCAAAACCAAACAUGUUGAGGAACCAGAAGUGUUAGAAGCUUUUCAAGCACCAACAGCAGAGGUGGGCAGUCUUCAAUCACUUGAAAAAGAGGUAAUUUCAGAGGAUGUUCCAGAGCCAGAAACAAUAACAGUAAAAGAUGAUGCUGGAAAAGAGAUGACACCUAAAACUGAAGUAAAUUUGGAGCCAGUGGAUGCUUCCAAGGAUAUUCCAGCAACAGAAAUUGUCACAGAACAGCCCAAGCAGGAAACUGAUGUUGAGCCAGAACAACAAAAAACAGAAGAAGCUUCCAAAACCGAACAUGUUCAGGAACCAGAAGUGUUAGAGGCUGUUCAAGCACCCACGUCAGAUUUAGAGGGGGGCAGUGUUCAAUCACUUGAAAAAGAGGUUAUUUCAGAGGAUGUUCCAGUGGCAGAAACUGUAGCAGAUGAAGCUGGAAAAGAGACAAUACCUCCAACUGAAGUAAAUUUGGAGCCAGUGGAUGCUUCCAAGGAUAUUCCAGCAGCGGAAACUAUUACAAAAGAGCCCAAAUGGGGAACUAAAAUUGAGCAAGAACAAAACCUACCAGUAGAAGCUGCCAAAACUGAACAUGUUCAGGAACCAGAAGUUUUACCAUCUGAUGUUACUAAAACCAAAACUAAUGAAGGGCCAUCAACAUGUGAGGAUGUUGUUACAGAAAGUCUUGAGGGAGGUGUUGCUCAACAAAUAUUGUUAGAAGACAUUUCCAAACCAAACGUUGACCCUGUCAUUGCUUCAGUUACAGAUGGAAUCAAGAAAGAAGUAGUGGCACCACUGGAUCAGUCUAUAGAGAUAAAAGAGGACCAGAAAACAGAGAGUAUUCUGCAAGGUGGGAUUGAGCAGGAAGACUGCGUAUCUGAUGCCACCACGCUGAAGUUACAAAUGAACCCAAACACGAAGCGAAUCUCAGUGCGGUGCAAGUCAGUAUUGAGGGAGAAAAAGAAACUGAAUUGCCAGGCAAAGAGAUACAGAAUGCUGCAGAGGAGCAUGCCGUCGCGAUGCAAGUAG